AUCCCAACGCGGAAGAGUGAACCCGGAAGCAGGAUACUUGACGCAUGUAAUUCCUCUCUUGCGCUCUCCUGUCUGUGUCCUGCUCCCGAGCACCUCCGCGGCGACUUCGUCCUCCUCUGUGACCUCGCAGACUGUCCCAGAGCCCGCUCACAGCCCGCACACACCCCGCACAGAGAGCAUGUCCGGGGCAGAGGCCGUGCUCAAAGCCGUGGAGGCGCCGCUCUUCUGGCUGGGUGCAGCGACCGCGGCCUGGUUCUCCGUGUGCACAGUGUACCGUCUGCUCUCCGGCCUCCGAGUGUGGUUCCUGGGCAACGGGCGACUGGUCUCCCCCGCCAAACUGGGCCAGUGGGCAGUGGUGACAGGAGCUACAGACGGCAUUGGAAAGGCCUACGUAGAGGAGCUGGGGCGUCGAGGCUUCUCCAUUGUGCUGAUCAGCCGCUCUCAAGACAAACUGGACGACGUGGCCAAGGCUGUGGAAAGCAAAUAUGGCGUCCAAACCAAAACCAUCGCAGCAGACUUCAGCUCUGUAGACAUCUACUCCAACAUUGAGGAGGGACUCCGGGGCCUGGAGAUCGGGGUCCUGGUGAAUAAUGUUGGGAUUUCCUACUCCUAUCCAGAAUUCUUCCUCAGCAUUCCCAAUCUGAACAGUUUUAUUGACACCAUGGUCAACAUCAACAUCACUUCUGUUUGCCAAAUGACUCGCAUUGUGCUGCCUCAAAUGGUGGAUAGGAAGAAGGGAGCCAUCUUGAACCUGUCAUCAGCUAGUGGCAUGAACCCUCUUCCUCUGCUCACCAUCUACUCCGCCUCCAAGGCAUUUGUGGACUUUUUCUCACAAGCACUACAGACAGAAUACAAGAGCAAAGGAGUCAUCAUUCAGAGCAUCUUGCCGUUCUAUGUGGCCACUAAGAUGAGUAAGAUCCGACGGCCAACCCUGGACAAGCCCACCCCCGAGCGCUAUGUGAGGGCUGCAAUCAACACGGUGGGACUGCAGGAGCGCACCAACGGAUACCUGCCCCACGCCAUCAUGGCCUGGGUGACCGACUUGCUCCCCUCCAGCCUUUUUCGCAGUUAUGUCAUGGGGAUGGGCCUGUCCCAAAGGGCUCGCUACCUCAGCAAGCAGAAGACAGGCUAGACCAUGGACCAGACCAUGGACCAGACCAUGGACCAGACCACAGGAUAGACUUGAGCUGGAUCACUGUGCCAGGGGGAGACAAACCAACAACCAAACAACUGUAUUAUCUGAAGCAUUAGUUCACACAAGCUACAUUUAACACCAUGCAAAAAAUGAACUUUGAGUAAAACGGCUUAACUGCUUUCAGUGAGUAAAGCUGGUAGGAGUAUUUCAAUGUAAGAUCCAGUUUUUUACUUAAUGUUAAUAUUGGAGAGAUGUUAAACACUGAUGAUGAAGAUAAACUACAAAAAGAUGAUCUGCAGUGGUUAAAAUGUCUUGGAUUUCAAUUUCGCAUAUUUUUUCCGUUUUGUUUUCAACAUUUUUUUGAAAUGCUCUCAUUCUUCUGCAGUAUUUUUGGUUUGUUUCAACCUAAAUCAUAUCUCAAUGGAUGAGGGGAAACAAGGAAACCAGUCAGAAAUACAUUGAAACUGUGAAAAAACUGUAGGCACAUCAAAUCAAAUGUAAUCAAACAUUAUCAGGUGUAAACCUGACCAAAAGGGAGUGUCAUUUUGUUAUCACCUGUUUAACCAAAGUUUGACCAAAACACUAAUAUUGUCAGAUUUACAAUAACACAGAUUCUCAUGUUAACUCACAUGUGGACGCUUCAUAAUCAAACUACCAAACCAUAUUUUCAUAUUUUUUACAAUGAAUGCUUGGCUUUGUUUUUGACAUUCCAUAAACUUGGACAGUUCACAGACGCCAUGUUAGAGGCAGUUUGUCUAGAAUGAAUCUCUUUUGCAAUAAAAAUGUCUUCAAAAAUGUC